UUGCAGGACGCCACGCCCCUGACCCUCGGCCAAGAGUUUGGAGGUUAUGCUCAACAGAUAGAGUUUGGCAUCGAACGGGUCAAGGUUUGUCUCCCUCGUGUGUACAUGCUGGCAGCGGGUGGCACGGCUGUAGGUACAGGUCUCAACACCAGGAUCGGUUUUGCUGAGAAAAUUGCUGCCAAGGUAUCAGAACUUACUGGCCUGCCUUUUGUGACUGCCCCUAACAAAUUUGAAGCCUUGGCAGCUCACGAUGCCAUGGUUGAGGUCUCUGGUGCACUGAAUGUGUUGGCUUGUUCCAUCAUGAAAAUUGCCAAUGAUAUCAGGUUCCUUGCCUCAGGUCCUCGAUGUGGCCUGGGAGAGAUCUCACUCCCAGAGAAUGAACCUGGCUCCUCCAUCAUGCCUGGUAAGGUGAACCCAACUCAGUGUGAGGCGAUCACUAUGGUUGCAGCCCAGGUGAUGGGGAACCACGUUGCCGUCACUGUCGGUGGCUCCAACGGUCACUUUGAAUUGAAUGUCUUCAAGCCCAUGAUGGUUGCCAAUGUCCUAAGGUCCAUUCGGCUCAUUGGGGACAGUUGUCAUGCCUUUGUUAACAACUGUGUAGUGGGCAUUGAGGCUAACCGUGAGCAGAUCAACAAGCUUCUGCAUGAAAGUCUUAUGCUUGUCACUGCCCUCAACCCACAUAUUGGAUACGACAAGGUACCAUGACUCAUUUUGUCAGUA